GCAUUACGGCACGAUAAAUUAUUGCCACGCAUGUUUAAGCUCAGACAGAGUUCUUUCAACAGUAAGCGAUUAUGCCGAUAUCUAUUUCAAAAUUUUGGAUGUUCAAAAUAUGGUACAGGAAUUGUAUUUAUGCUGGGAAUGUAUAGCAAUACUAAAGAAAGUCAGGAUGUUAAAAAAAAAAGUGGAAGAGGCGCAGAGGAUUCUUCAAUUUUAUUACACAAACAAACAGGACACCUUUCCUGACGCUCUUUCAAAUCUCACCACUCACACCACUGACCAUCAGAUAUGUUUAACUUACCAAGAAAAAGAAAUAAAACCAGUCAAAGAGGAAAUUGACAUUUACGAUGAAUUUGACCACUUCGACAAUGAGAAUAUCAAAGAUGAACCCGAUAAUGAGACAAAUAUUACAGUAGUAGACAAAGUGCAAACUACUCUGGUAACCACUCCGGUAAUCACUGCGGUAACCACUCUGGUAACCACUCCGGUAAUCACUGCGGUAACUACUCCGGUAACCACUCCGGUAACUCUAGAAACCAAUGAUUGGAUGGAGUUCAAUUUAAAGCGAAUUAAGAACCGGAAAGCAAAAUAUAGAUUUUUGAAUGUUAAACUAAGAAAACAUAGGAAAUUGUUAGUUAGGAAGAUACCGAUAGAGUUUGAUGCUGUUCUGAACGGUUUGGAAGAGGAGAGACGGAGCAAUACAUUUUUAAUAAUGAAGUAUAAGUGUGUUAGUUGUGUCGCUGCGUGGAGUGAUGAAGAGGGGUUGGCGAAACAUUAUAAGAAGUGUCAUGAUGAGUCAAUCGGGCCAUACCAAUGCGGAAUAUGCAAGACUCGCUUGCUGGACAACCUCGGAGCGCACCAGACGAAGCAUUACCAGAGGGAAUGUAAAGUUUGCCGACUGCGGAGCUGCUCACAGUUCGCCAUGGACCGCCAUCUUGAGCAGCACGACCGGAUGGUGCAGUGUUUGGCCUGCGGGCUAUGUUUCAAGGAACGUAAAGUUUGUCGGCUGCAGAGCUGGUCACAGUUCGCCAUGGACCGCCAUCUUGAGCAGCACGACCGGAUGGUGCAGUGUUUGGCCUGCGGGCUGUGUUUCAAGAAUGUAAGGUUAUUUUACAACCACUACAAGGAGUUGCACGCGAGCUUCGUCUGCGAUGUCUGCGGGAAGCGUUGUAAAUCGCGCGCCAUCAUCGAGAAACAUCUUAGGUACCACUUCGGUUACGAAUGCCCACACUGUAAGAGAAAGCUAAAAAACUCGACCUCAUACAAGAACCACCUGGAAACCCACACAUCUUCCGUCUCGGACGGUUCGUACUGCGUACAGUGCGACAGGAGAUUCUCGAGCGACAGGAUGUAUAGGCGGCACCUGCAGAGCAGCGCGGCGCACGCGGCAGAGCGAGACAACACUAGAGUCAAACGAAAGUAUCCGUGUCCCGAGUGUGCGAACGUGUACUCUCGGCGCACGUACAUGAACAACCACUACAGGCAUGUACACGCAAAGCAGAGCCGGUACCACUGUGCAGACUGCGACCGGCAUUUCCUGAACCGCACGCGGUACUUGGACCACCGGCGGUUCCAGCACGAAGGUCUGAAGCGUGACAAGGACAAGCUGUGCAACAUAUGCGGCCGAGGUUUCGCGGCGAACAGAACGCUAGUGAACCACAUCCGGACCCACUCGGGCGAGCGCCCGUUCGCGUGCGAGUUCUGCGGCGCCAAGUUCACGCAGAAACACGCCAUGCUCUCUCACGUCAAGUACAUACAUCUCAAGAGCAAAAGGAAGACUAACUACGAGUAGACGGACUCGUGUACCCGGGUACACGGUUACACGUGUUC